AUGCGGCACAGCACCUCUAGCUCGCCGUUAACACCGUUGUCGGCAGGAUUGAGCAGUAGUAUGCAUGGCUUUGGCAACACUCUACUUGGUAGGUCGAUUUUGGAUUCAGUUUUCGGCGUCUAGGUGAUUUGUAAUGCUGAGCAUACGGUCUAGAGACUUAUCGUGAAAAAAAGGCAUCAGUAAAAAGCUACCACAAGCAAGAACUUGCGGUAUCAAGCGGGCAAAAUUCUGAAAUGAAGCUUUUCAAUCAAGAAUUUGCAUUUUUUUAUUCUCUCGGAUCUUACAACUUUUCCUAAAAAAUAACCGAAGAUAAGAUGAUAUUUUUUGAGAGCUGUUUGCAUGAGAAUAUAAUACAAUACUGUGUUGGGAUUAAUUAUGGAACUUACUUCUUUCAGAAAAGCACACCCGCUCCUCCCUCUCAUCCUCAAGCACGACAGCCCCAUUGUCAGCCGAGGGUACCAACUCUCCUCGUCUCGGAGAAGGUCACCUUAUCCUUCUUCAUCUCCCAUUUGGACAACACUCCAAAGCUAAUGUUCGAUCUGGAGUCUCAGCUCGCGAUGCAAUCGCUGUCGUUCUACGGAAGCGGAACAUAGUCCCAGAGACUUGCACUGUAUGUGUUGAUGCUGAUCCCAUGAGUCCGCAAAUCGACUUGCAAGCUGAUUUGGGAGAACUGGCGGCUCAGCUGGUCAGGAAUGAGCUGUGGGUACAUUCGGAAUGCAUGGAGUUGUUCAACUCGAUCCAUCAUGAAUUCGUUCCCAAGACUUUUAGCGUGUUGAGUGUGGCCAAUUGCGGAGUCUGCAGGAAGAUUAUACUUGUCAAUGUGAGUUCAUAGACGAAUGUUUUGGAUUUGUAUGUAUAAUUUUCGACGGAAAUUUCAUUGAAGUUUGAGAAAAAAUAAUUCUAGAUUAAUUAAAAAUAGGAGUAAUAUAAUUCUCGGUAUUUCCAGGGCUACCGCUGCAAUCGCUGUCAAUUCACUUUCCACAAGAAAUGCUGGGGCCAAGUGCCCGCCCUCUGCGAGCCCGAUCAAAUCCCAUAUGAUAUCCACAAGGCCAAUCAACUCCGAGAUGUUUGUGCCAAAUACCAAGGACCUCACGCGGCCAUGGCGGCCGAUAUCCUCGACUCUCUCUUACCCACGGAUUCGCCGAGUAAGUUGUGAUCUACGAACAAGGAUUUUGAAUUCAUUAAAAGUUCUAGUAACUCAAUUAUUCGUCCGCUGUAAUGUUAUUGAAGCGUAAUUUAAUAUUAUAAUAUGUUAUGAAAUUCCAGACGAAAGACCGGUGAAAUCUCGAGAAAACUUCCGCCAAACGACGGACGAGAGCUCCACUCCUCGAGAGCAAUCAGAAUCUCCGUAUCCCCGUGACCGAUCAUCAUCAGCCCCCAACAUUAACAUCAUCAAGGACGACUUUUCCUUGUCCGAGCUUCAGUCCCUUAAGAUCACUUCGAAUUCGCUGCAUUCGGGCAGCCAACAAUAUUCAAGUAAGCACCGGAUUUUUUGGAAUUUUUAUCACGGUUUUAGACGAUGCUUUGCCUGCGGGUUCUACCUCAACCGUUCAUUCGUUGGGAACAGCUUUGACGCCUCCGCAAUCAGCACCGCCGCAAAAAACGGCGCAGAUUUUCUUCACGGAGCAGCAACGAAUGAGGAGUAAGAGUGAGUUUACAAAACAUUUUUCUCUUUUCAAGUUACGGGGAGUGAUUUUGAUGAAACUUGGCGCAAAAUAAUAUGAGAUCUUUAACCGCGUGCGAAAAUUGAGCUAAUGCUAUGCAGAAAAUAGAUGCUGAGGUACUGAGGUCAAAAACGGCCAAAAUUCGAAGAUUUUUUUGUGAUUUGUCCGUACUAACAAUUGGAAUUCUGUAGAUAGCGUAGAGUUUAAGCUUCCCACCAAAAACAUUACUGUUCCGCAUUAUUUUUGCAAUACCAUUUCGGUUUAUGCCACCAAUUCUCCAAUAAAAAUUCCUGUGCGUAACGGACCCUCUCUCUAAUCUUGUAGACCCCAAAUUGGUCCUUAUUACACUCAAAGACCUCUGUCGAACAGUGUUCGUAAUCUUUGGAUUCGCGAGAUUUACGAAGCUAUAUAUAGUCGGCGAUAUUUAUAUUAAUCCUGGCUGUUUUUUCCAAGAAUUUCCCUCAGGGGAUUUAUGGGAUUGACGUAGGGAUAUCAUGCAUAUUAUUUACAUUUUCGGUUCUCCGAAGGUUUGGUUUGAAGUAGUGGUAAACUGGCCGUUAAAGCGUCGUACUGAAGUUUGCGAAAAUAAAGGUAAAGUGCGUCAAAGGUCACACCUUUUUUUAUGAACUCUAAUGUAAUAGAAUGCCAGGUCUAAUUCGAUUUUUAUGCACACCUUGUCCAAAAUUUUCUUGCUCUUAGUUUCAAAGUGCAUAAUCUCGGCGUGGCCUAAUUUACUCGCCAGUUUUUUGAUAUUUAAAAUAAAGGUGAAGGGAUUUGGACAUAAUUCUGUGGGAUUAUCAGAGGAAUCCCCGAAUAUUUAGUCGGCUUUCUGCCUCUGGUUCAUUUUGGAAAUUAAAAUGGGCCCUUCACAUGGGAUGGACUUUUCAGACAUCUGUUUUCGUAGUUGUAUAGAGAGACAUUGUAUUGUAGAGGGAAUGGUUUCUGAAUUAUGCUCUUUGCUGCAAGCUAUCGAUUUCUUAAGCAAAAAAUAUUCAAAAAAGUGCAAUUAUCUUUCUAAAAACCUCUGCGGUUUCUGCAUAACGCGACCGAAUGAUCUUACAUACGUUUUCCGUAAUUAUGUUCUUGUUUUGCUCAAAAUUUUCUAAAAGUCGUAGCAUCACAAGCACGCCCCCUUUAAUUUUGUACCUAGAGCCCCUUACCUUCCCCCCAAAGCCUGUUCAUUCACUACAUCUUCCCGAAUAUUUCUCGUCUGCUCACAUGAAUUAAUGUCUAAUGAAUCCUGCAUGGAAACCCUCCGUUUUCCGCUCGAUGCCAAUGCCUGUUUCAUUUUAUUUACAAACUCCGUACACCGAGACUAUGUAAACUUUUGGCUUUCCCGUUUCCCUCUGCUCUCCACAAACAUGCAUAUUACCUGUUCUCCACCUCUAAAUGGGUAAUAAAUAAUCCCUCGCCGCAUUCGCACCUUGUCUUCGUGAUGUACACACCGAAAUGUUAUCGAAAAGUGGGGGGCUCCAAAAACGGUCUCAAAUCCCCCCGCUGGCGGCGAGGAGUUUUCGCGUCUGGAAAUGUCCUCUUUUUUGUCCCCCAAAAGAUGAACAAGUUACUUGGUGGCCGUCUCCUUCAUAACGCAGAUUUGUUUGGUCUGUGUCCCCUUUAAUUCCGUGUGUUUCAUUUUUCGCUUUUUGUGCAAACAUUUUUUGCCCCGGGUUUGGGUCCGCGGAAAAGUUCGCCGAAAGUCUCUGGGGCCAAGCUUCGCACGGUUAUGCCGUUUUGAUGAAUUUUUUGCACUUAGACUGUCUCUCGAAGCCUUGGUGGUCUUUAAACUUCCAACUCAUCUUGCCCUUUUCAACCCCGGCUUUUUCCAGCUUCUUAAAGUGCUCAACAAAGCGCUGCGCCGAAUGCGAUUGUUGUUCCGCUGAUGCGUGCGGGAAUUAAGUGCAAAAAAUAUUUUUUCAAAAAAUUACAAGUGCUUUAUUUUUCCGUAGCAAAAUGGUGAUGUUUUCCAGGGAAGGCUUAUUCAGGUGAAUUCGGAAUUUUAAAGUUGCGUGGGUUCUAAAUGGCGCUUUUGGUGGAAUUCUUCGGAAUAUUUACAAAGUUAUUCCCAACGUAUGUUGUGAAUGACUUAUCGGCCUGAAAGAUUAUAAGUCAAUUUUCUCUGCAAAUAAUUACAUUGCAAAAAAAAAGUAUUAACCUACAGGUGGAAUUGCAAGGAAAAAAUAAACCAAAAACAUAAACUUUACUUCGGAAGUUUCAAUUACAAAUAUUCCGAAGUUUGUCCAAAACUGCAGAAUUUAAAAUUUCGGACUUUUCUCACAAUUCCAAUUGUGUUUUCCUUAAACGUUGUCUUGUAUCUGCUCACUACAUUACUUUACAUACAAUUUCUGAUGCUUCCAGUUUCACAAUUUUACAUUUUGCAGGUCCCGGUGAGGCGCGUCUCUCAUCGCCCGGUUCCAACAGUGCCGCGAAGAUCGAAUCCGCCGGCUCGGCGGCUUCUCUGCUCACGGUGGAGGGCGGGUCGCGCUACGAGAUAACGCGCCGCGGCGGCGAGCGUUUCAAUCGACGUCGCGCGACGGUCGAGGAUUGGGAGAUCAGCCACGACAAGGUCAUCUUCAAGGAGCAGAUCGGGAAUGGAUCUUUUGGCACGGUGUACAAGGCCUAUUACUUUGGUAAGAUUUUUACUUUUAUUGUUUGAGAAGGAUUUAGGUGGGAGUAGAGAAAGUGAAUGGGAAAAGAACAUGAGAAAGAUGACUGUUAGUUGAAGACGCACUUUGCUAAAAAAAUAAAGGAUUUGAAGCCUUACACACUUCAUAAUUGUUCAUUUCCAGGCGCUGUGGCCGUGAAAAAGCUGAAUAUCCGAAGUCCAGGUCCAGAAUUGUUGGCUGCCUUCAAGAACGAGGUGACUGUCCUCAAGAAGGCUCGUCAUGGCAACGUCCUCAACUUCCUUGGAGUCAUCAGAGAGCCCGAACUAGCCAUUGUCACCCAAUGGUGUCAGGGGUCAAGUCUCUAUCGGCAUAUUCAUGUCAUCGAACCAAAAGUUGAGUUUGAAAUGCAGACCAUCCUCGAGAUCUGCAAACAAAUCUCACAAGGGAUGAAUUACCUGCACAGUAAGAAUGUGAUUCAUCGGGAUCUGAAGACCAACAACAUCUUCCUGACGGAGGGAACGACUGUCAAGAUUGGUGACUUUGGACUGGCGACAGUCAAGACGAGAUUCGACGACACUACUCACGGCGUUGUCCCGAAUCCGAAUCCGACCGGCUCCAUUCUCUGGAUGGCUCCGGAAGUUAUUCGCAUGACUUCAACCAACCCGUACAGCACUAGGUCCGACGUCUACUCGUUUGGCGUCUGUUUAUACGAGUUGUUGAGUUCGAUGUUACCGUAUGAUGACAUCAAAAAUCGAGACCAGAUCUUGUUCAUGGUGGGAAGCGGAAUUCUGCGGCCGAAUCUGGGGAAUCUGAGGAAUGACACGCCGAAACAGUUUAGAACACUGCUGGAGGAGUGCAUCAAGUUCAAACCGGAUGAACGGCCGGAGUUCAGAUAUGUAAGUCCCUUGUAAAAUAGGGAAAGGAUAAUUUUUUAAUCAGAAGACGCGACGGUUAGAUUUUUGUUUGAACUUUGCAAGUGCGGUUAAUUCAAGACAAAAAUCAAAAAUUUUGGCUUUACAUCCUGAACGUCCAUUUACUCGUUAAUAAACCCUCAAAAAAGUUCCAUUUUCAAAAGUCCAUUAUUUUAUUUUAUUUUUUUUCAGAUCUACGGCGUCCUCGACAAUAUCCGCCUCCCAAAGCUCAAGAAGUCGGCCAGCGAGCCCAAUCUGCACUCUCGACAUCACAACCGGUCAGGGUUCAAUUCCUGA